GUGGAUUUUAGAGAAUAUUUAUAAAAGGGUUUGCGACGAAGACGGAGCAUCUGCGAAAGCUCGUGCGCCAAGGACAAGAUUGGGAGUGGGGAGAUAGACAGGAGUCUGUGAUAAAGGAUCUGAAGAAGGAGUUUGAAGAAGGAGGACUGGUAUUGGGAGUACCAGACCAUGSGGCUGUUAUGACCAGRCYYUUUAUCAUAGAGACARAUGCAGGACCGRCCGCUUUGGGAGGAGUUUUGAUCCAGAAAGACCUCAAUGGAGAGGAGCGACCGCUAAGAUUCGAGAGUCGAACGCUUAAUACGGCUGAGAGAAACUACUCUCAGUUCAAGCGCGAAACCUUGGCAGUCCUCCACUGCUUGAGAAUUUUCAGAAACUACCUCUUUGGCAACAGGUUCGUGUUGAGGGUGGACCCAACCGCUCUAGCUGGUUUGCUGAAGAACUACGCUCCCUCAGAUCCAACCAUUGCCAGAUGGUUGACGUACAUCUGGAUGUUUGAUUUUGAGCUGGAGCGGAUUCCAGGGAACAAAAAUAGGGCGGAUGGGUUGAGUCGAGUCGACUGGGGCAAGAACAGCGAAGGAGUGAUCGAGGAUACUACCCCAGUCGACAGGUUUUUGGAGAAUGAGGAGGAUGUGAGACUUCAUAUCAACUCUUGGUCUUUGGCGGUAGGUAACUACAUUACUCCUGGACGGCAGGUGUGGAUGACACCUCCAGGGUAUGCAUGCUUGCCAAACUUAGUCCUUAAACCCUAUGUGGAGGAGGACUCAUGGGGGAUGCCGGAUGUGCAGUGGAUGAUGGAUCUGGCCUUGGCAGACAAACACCAGUUGGGUGAGGACCUGAUCACGAUGGAGGAUGAAACCCGACAUGUGGAGGAUCAUGAAAGGUCUAUAGGAGGGGUUUACCUCCUGGCCAAUGCCUUGUUGCAGGAGGAAGUGACCAGAAACGCUGGGCAGGAUCAGGAAAGGGGCAAGAAUGUGAUCUAUGAGAGGGAGGACGAUGAUUUCGAAGAAGGCGAGAUUAAGGAGGCUUUUCGAGCAGAAGAGUAUGAUGGGGUUUAUCUUGAACUCGGAAUGCUUCUUUCGUGCGAAAGGAGAGAAAGAGAUGCCAGCGAGAAAGUCUUGAAGAUGAGACCGAGCUUUCUUGUAAGGGAUGGGCACCUGUUCAUGAAGAGCAAGGGGAGGAAUCCCAGGAAGGUAGUUUGUGGCAUCGCUCGUCAGAUCGAUGUCAUGGCCGCCCUGCACGACGGCACAGCUGGAGGGUACAGGAGUACUGACACAACGCAUGCAACGUUCCCUAUCGAGAGCUUCCUGAAGACAUGGAGGCGGCAGGACCUCGAGUCAGAGUUGACGUUCGAGGAACUGCUCGAUUUAAGGGCRCGUMAGAUUGGAGCCAUAGAGGAUAGGAUUGAAGGAGCGGCGAGUAAGGUGGCAUAUAACCGGGCACAGGAUAAGUUCAGGUGGGACAAGAUGGCAAGAGUGAGGAAGGAGCCACUCAAGGUGGGAGACACGGUGCUGUUGUACGACUCAUCCCUGGAGAAACAAUGGUCACGGAAGUUCGAUAAGCGGUGGUUGGGACCGUACAAGGUGGCAAGAGUUGGAGAGCAUGGCGCGUACCAGAUUGAGGAGAUAGAUGGAACAGCCUGGAGAGAUUGGGUGUCAGGCUCGAGACUGAAGAAGUUUGUUGCUCGAGAUGAGAUGGAUAGGCUUGACACCACUUUGGCGCAGCCAUGCCAAGCGGGAAGAGAGGGGCAGGGCCAGUGGAACCCCCUCAGGGGACAGCCAGACAGAGUGCAGACAUGGGCCAUAAGAGAAGACAUGCCACCCAUCUUCACAGGAGGGAACGUCGAACUAUUUCUGAUCGAGUUCCAACGGCACGCGAGCGAGUUUGGAUGGGAUGGAGUGAGGAUGUUGCAAAAGGGCGAAUGGGCUGAGCCCAUUGCCAAGUACGUGCGGGAGUCAGCGACCUGGACGGAGUUCGAGAGGAGAAUGGAGGGACUACACCCAUCACUCGUGGGGAGAGAUGGAGUACCGAUCCGAUUUGAUGGGAUGAACGUGGAUGAGUUCCUGUGGGCAUACGAGCGUUUUGCAGAUAAGCAAAACAUCGCACCAGAGGGAAGGAUGACAGGAUUCAUCCAGUUCGUAAGGAGGUCCAUCAGACAGUUUGUCAAGAGCGUUGUGGAGAGGGCUGUGCACUGGGGGGAUUGCAGGCGAUUGUUGAGGGGCUACUACACUCCAGCGCGCCAGGCAGAGGAAAGGAGGAGUCUAGAAAGGAAAAGGAAGGAACCAGAGGCUGAGGGUAGAAGGACCUUCGAGAGAGGUGCCUCGUCCAGAUCUCAGGAGGGUGAGAGGAGAAGGGAGCAUGCCACCCGCAGGAUGGAGAGAAGUGGGGAGCUGCCAGCUGAGAGGAGUCAAAGGAGGAAAGAGUCAGAGGUGCCUGAGGCUCCUCCUCAGUCUAUUCAGAGGCCAAAGGAUCAGUCUAUGGCAGAAGUAAGACAGGAGGCACCUCGUGAGCUGACAGAACAGAGGAUGGAUGAGGACCAGGAUGAGAGAGAAAAGGAGUUGGACAGACAAGAAAGGGCCGCUAGAGAACGGGAGAUCAGAGCAGAAGUCAGGAGGAAGAACCUAGAGGAACUCCACAGGAGAGUGGAGCAAGGACAGCGGCCGGUGGACUUUAAGGACAAAAAGGGAAAGAGUGUAAGCAGCCAGYAKGAAGAAGWCCCUCCUCUACUCUCUGAAGCGUGGRAAAACUUUGAUAGGUUGAUGGGAGCUGCGAGAGGACCAGAGGGACCUCAGCAAGAGAUGGGGGUGAAGUUGGUCUUCGCAGACUUGCUCACGUUGAAGGGAGUAAUGAAGGAAGGAUUUGCAGCCGCACGAGCAUCCGAUCAGAAGAUUGGAGAGAGGUUGACCAAGGUGGCUCAGAAGGCCUAUGGUCAGAGGGUGAACCAGACCCUCGACAAGGUCAACGAGGCUAUGAGGGCCUACCUGCAGGCUCAACAGGCUUCCUUCCAGGCAAAGGAGGUAAAGUGGGAGAAGAGAAUUAAGGAGCUGGAAGCGAAGCUCGAGCAGAGGGCUCCCACAACUUUGGUGGAUUGGACUGAGGUCCAAGGAUUUGAAAUGAAGAAGCCACCUGCAGAGGAAGCCUUCAAAAGUCAGAAGGAGGAAGAAAAGGCUGAUCUACAGGAAGGAGAAGAUGUGCCACUGUUAGACAAAGAGAUGUUACAGCCUCAGGAGGUGCACGUGGAAGAGAAAGCCAAGAGUGAGGAGUCUGAAUGGCAGAUGCCUUCCACCUUGGCACUCCAGCAGGCUCGCGAGGGACAGAAUGUGACACAGCAGGCAGAGAUGGAGAGAGAUGAGGGGGCACUGCCUGUCAAUCAGAUGGUUGCUGAGGGGCAGAUGGUCCAGGGGAGCGAGGUUGAGGCUGAGCAGAGAGUAGGCCAGGAGACUUGUCAAGAGUCUACCACGCCUUAGGAUAUGCCCUUGGCAGUAGGCUUGGAGGCGGCGUUGGGCUCAUGGGCCACAGGGUCUGGUUCAGCAGUUCGAGCGAG